AUGAGUCAAUUGUCUUCACGAUGUUCUUAUAUUCCAAAAGAAAAAUCUCCACAUUCAAUAUCUAGUCUUGAUGAAAAUGAAAUAGAUGAAGUUCGAAAGAAGUUAGAUCAUCUUAAGUCAUUACUAAUACAAGUUAAAAAUCAACUCAAACCGACACCCAAUAAUGAUGAUGAUGAUGAUAAUAUGAUUGAUGAAAGAAUCUUCUUAAAUACUUAA